AUGCCAUUUUUCAUUGUAAAUGUCAUUCGCUCUUUUCUUCCAACUUUGAUAUCCGAUGUGCAGUUCAAGGCUGUUACAUGGUUAGGUUAUGCAAAUUCCACGGCGAAUCCAAUCAUUUGUGCGAUUUUAAACAGAGAUUUUAGAACUGCUUUUAAAAAGAUAUUGUUCGAUAAUGUGUUAUGCUCAAGUCGGGAUGCUUGCUUAAGUGGUAGUUGUGGGUAA